AUCAGGGUCAUGUAUAUGAUAUUACAGAGUUUGUAGACAUGCACCCUGGUGGCACAAAAGUGUUACUUGCUGCAGGGGGGGCAUUGGAGCCAUUUUGGAGUAUGUAUCCUGUGCAUAAAGAAUCAAGUGUGAUUCAUUGGUUGGAGAAGUAUCGAAUCGGUGAAAUGGCACCUGAUGAGGCUAAGCAUGUUGAUACCUCUGAUCCAUUCGCUGGUGACCCUGAACGCCAUCCUGCUCUCCAAGUGAACUCUGCUAGGCCGUUCAAUGCAGAAACACCUCUUGAACUUCUAACAGAUAACUUUGUCACUCCGAAUGAAUUGUUUUUUGUUCGCAAUCAUCUUCCUGUACCAAAUGUUGAUGCUAAGAAUUACAAACUUACUGUGAGUGGACUAGGUGUGAAGACAAUGGAGUUCUCACUCAACGAUUUGAAGAAGAAGUUCAAGAAGCACACCGUAAAGGCAACCAUGGAAUGUGCUGGAAACCGAAGGGCGGAGAUGACCGAGAUAAAGGAGGUCAAGGGAUUGAUGUGGAAGGGUACGGCCAUCAGCAAUGCUGAAUGGAGUGGCGUCCUCUUAAGGGAUGUAUUGAAGUCUUGUGGUUUCAACGUGGAUGAUCCCAAUGUUUCCCACGUGCAGUUUGAGGGUUAUGAUAAGGAUCCUGCAGCAGGUGGUCAUUACGGGGCAUCGGUCCCUUCCGAGCUUGCCUUGAAUCCGCAAGGAGAUGUCCUGCUGGCGUAUGAGAUGAACGGCGAGGACCUCCCUGUAGAUCAUGGCUUUCCUGUCCGUGUUGUCAUUCCUGGCACUGUUGGCGCCCGCAAUGUCAAGUGGUUGUCACAGAUUGUCACGAGUAACGAAGAGAGCAAGAGUCAUUGGCAGCAGAAUGACUAUAAGGGGUUCAAUCCAUCUGUCGACUGGGAUACGAUCGACUACAAAAACGCCAUUCCAAUCAACGAGGCCCCAGUCACUUCAGCGAUUUGUGUACCACAGCCUGGGAAGACCCUUGAUGAUGACGAAGAAGUCUCAGUCAAAGGCUACGCUUGGAGCGGUGGCGGCCGUGGGAUCAUCCGUGUCGACCUUUCCCUUGAUGGCGGUAAAACCUGGCAAGUUGCUUCCCUGCAGAAGGACGAGAGUCGCUACAACCGACACUGGUCUUGGACGCUCUGGGAAGCCGAUUUAAAGAUUCCUAAGAAUCACCAGGGCAAGGUGGAAAUCAUUUGUAAGGCAACUGACUCGUCCUACAAUACCCAGCCUGACAGUGUUGCUGGCAUUUGGAAUGUGCGUGGUCUUCUGAACAAUGCUUGGCAUAAGGUUGUGGCUAAAGUCCCUGAUUCUGAAGAGACUAAACCCUUCGGCACGCCGGAAAUUCAGAGCGUAUUCAGUGCAGGCUGGCCUCAUUACAUGUUCCAAGCAAACUUCUUCUAGACAGCUGAGAAACUUUCGAGGCACGCGAACUAAAGACGUUCUGGACAUUUUGAGAACUGAUCAAGACCUUGGAACUUUUAUUUUCAUUAUUUAAAAAGGACAAAAUGUGCAUGGAUUUAAAUGUGCUGUUUGGAACAGUUUAGUGUGCUAUGAACUGGUGUAUAGCUAUGUGUAAAUAGUGACCAUCGAUCCCACAUUUCCAUCGAUGAGUCUUGAAUAAUUUGAUGUCGGAAAAUGUUGGCUCCUCUUGCAGUGUUUGUUUUUACCCAUAACCCCAGCUUGAAUGACGUUAAGUUCGUCCAUCACUUGGUACACAGUCCAACAGGCAUUUUGAAGACAAAGCCUUUGCAUAUCAGCUUAUACAGUGUUUUUGGAUGCAGUUCUUAAUGGGUAUAUGAAAUCACUGCCGAAGGAGUGAAGAAAAUGUAUUGGAUUAAAAAGCACCGUUCUUCUGGAAUCUCAUCAAUGAGGGUCUAAUUUAUUACUUCAAUAAUAUCUCCGUCUAAUCGAUUCAGCAUCAAAGUUUUGACAAAUAUAAAACAUCAUGAUGUUGCCAUGUAAUUUCUAGAACUGGCACCUCCAGAAGUUAGCUUGAAAGUUAAAUUACCUAUAGCCUUCUCAAAACCUUUAUCGACCCCCUCACCCAUGAUAAGAAAGCAAUUGCCAGUACUAUGUCAAAUGUGUACAAAUUUGGAUGUUUCGCUUGAAAAAUACACAAUAUCAUUUUCAUUAGA